AAAAAAAAAAAAAGAAAUCUCGAGUUCAAUAUAUCUAAUAUCCCUUCCGGUAUAAGAGAAUAUCUUUUGGUGGAAUAAAUAUUUGUAUCUUAUCGAGAAAUAAAAAGUUUUUUUAUUUGACAUUUAUAUAAUAUAUAUAAAAGUAUGACAGAAAUAACGCCCACAAUAACUCCGUCAACGAAUUCCAAUGAUAAUAAUACAACUACUACAACUAUAAUUCCACCAAAUAUUCCUCCGGACAAUAUUAAUAAUAGUGAAUAUCAAAGAUCUUAUUCAUGGAAGUUACCAAUGGUUAAAGUAAAUAGACCCAAAGAACGAACGAAAUCUGAAUAUCAACGUGAAUUUACAUGGAAAAAUGAUCCUCCUUCAACCCCUUCUCCUGCUCCUUCUCCCGCUCCUAUACCUCCUUCUCCAAUACCACAAGAAUUAUCUUGUAAUACUCCUGAACCAAUAAAAUCUACAAUGAUUGCGACUUCAACAGCAACAACCGUUAAUAAUAAUAUCGAUUUUAUAGGAUCAAAAUUAAAUGAUUUAAAUAUUACUACAACAAGUAAUACUAUUAAUAAUAAUAUUAGUAUUAUUAAUAAUAAUUUUAUUCCUGAUGAUUAUGUUUUCAAUACUAAUAAUAAUGUUCCUGAUAAAUGGAGAGAUGGUUUAAGAAGUAAAAAUUCUCCAGAGAAACAAUCAUUAGCUUCAAAUUUAGAUCCUAAAACAAAAAAGAUGGUAGCUUUAGAAGCUAAUCGUCUUUCAAAAAAAUCUCGUUCUUAUUCAAUGUAUUCUUUACAUGAUCAAUUAAAAGUACAUGAAAUUGCUGAUGAUUUAUCAAGUCCAUAUGAUACUGAAUAUAAUAAGGAAUUUGUAAAUUGGAAAGAAUAUGGUUCUGUUGUAAGGGAGGAUAUUAAUAAGAAACGUCAUUCAAAUACUGAUAAUAAUCAUACUUUAAAAAGAAGAGGUUCUUGGUCUGCUCCUGCUACUUCUUCUCUUCCUGCUCCUCUUAAAUGGAUUGAAGAUCUCAACUUAGAUCUUGGCUCACGUGCUAAUACACGUGAGAAAUUACAACCUACUAUAACUGAUUCUAAAUCUAUAAGGGGUAUAACUACUACUAUAACCGCUAAAUCUCAUUCUCGUUUAUCUCGUGAUAAUUACUAUGAUGAAAAACGUCCAACUACUUCUGCUGAAGUUCGGGAUUACCGGUAUGAAAGACCUACUACUUCUGCUGAUAUACGUGAUUAUUCUCGUCCUAUGACUUCUUUAAAUGAUUAUAAUGAUAAAGAUUAUUAUGAUUCAAAACGUAAUAGUAAUCUUGAUUAUUAUUCUUAUUCAAGAAAGGAUCGUAAUACUUCUCCUUUACGCUCUUCUACAACUCUUGAUAAUUAUAAGGAUAUAAACGUUACAAGUAAAUAUUAUGAUACUCGUGAAUAUAAUAAUAAUAGUAGUGGUAGAAGAGAUUAUGAUGUUAGGAGGGAUUAUGAUGGUAAGAAGGAUUAUGAUUAUUAUGAUGAUCAUAAGUAUGAUGAUCGUAGGAGAGAGGAUAUUUAUGAUGAUCAUCAUCAUAAGCGUGAAAAUGGUUACGAUGAUCGUAGACGUGAUUUAGUAAAUGAUGAUCGUAGAAGAGAUAAUGUUCAUGAUGAUCGACAAAGAGAUAUUUCUACUUAUGAUUAUGAUUAUCGUAGACGUGAUAAUAAUAAUAAUAAUAAUAAUAACAAUAAUAAUAAUAAUAAUAAUAAUAGUAAUUAUUAUUAUGAAGAUUAUGAUUCUAAAUAUAAUAAUAAUCGAACUGUACACAAUUCUGAUCAUGAACAUUUUAUUCCUGGCCAUUCUAGAAAUACUUCUUACGCUUCUUACGCUUCUUCCUCAAAUAAAGGUUCUUCCGUUCAUGAUGAACCUAUUAAUUACUCUGGACCUCCUCUUAGUUAUUUAGAUGCUAUGCGACAUCGUUCAAGUGUUAGUUCUUUAAGUUCAGUAUCAACUCCAAGUUCACCUGCAACUCCGAUAGGUUAUGAUUUGAAUGAUAUGCGUUGGAAGAGAAAUAAUGGUUUAGAUCCUCGUAUAUAUAAAGAACAAAAUUAUUCCCCUUCAGUAAUUUCAAAAUCUUCUUCAGGUUCAAAUCAUAAAUAUUGGCAAUUUGAAGAUGAUAAAGAUAAAUAUUAUCAACCAAGUGCUUUAAGUCCUUCAAGAAGCAAAUUUUAUAUAGAUGAUGAAGAAGAAGAUGAUGAACAUAUUGAAGGUUAUUCAAGUAAACGUCAAUCCCGUGAUUAUAAACCUUCAUCAAUGAGAUAUUCUUCACAAUAUUCACCAACGAGAUCAACGAGUCCUUCACGUGAUAGUUAUGGAAGUGGUAGGAAAUAUAAGUCUUCACGUCCUCCUUCACGUGCGACAAGUGUGAGUAGUCAUGCUACUUCAAUAGAAGAGGAAUCUGCAGUACUGACGGAUCUUCUCAAAGAAGCUGAAAUUAUGACACUGAAGAAUUUAACAGAUCAAAUGAGUAUAUUUAAAACAAGAGAUUUGGGUAUUGGAACCGGAAUUGGUAUCAAGGGUGUAAAGGGUGUAAAGAAUUCUGGUCGUGCCACUCCUGCUGCUUCUGGUCGUGCUACUCCUUCUGUUUCUGGACGUGCCACUCCUGCUGUUUCCGGACGUGCUACUCCUUCUGUUUCUGGACGUGCCACUCCUGCUGUUUCCGGCCGUGCCACCCCUAGUGUUAAUGGUGCAAAGAGAUCUUCUCUUGGUGCUCAAAAGAAACCCACGACGACGACAACGGUGACGACAAGAGCAGCAGGUAUUAAAACAAAAACAACGCCAACAAUAAGAACAUCUACAAAACCAGGUGCAACCACCACUACUAGAGGAACCAAAAAUAGUUCUACACCUGGAAUUCCUCCUAAUAAGAAGAAAACUCAUCGUCCAGCUUCUUCAUUAUCUUCAAUAUCUUCAACUUCUUCAUAUCGCGAAGCGUAUCAGCCUCCACCGCCUCCAACAAAUUUUUCUGCUGCAAGAGAUGCUUUAAAUAGAGCAAGAAUGAAGGUUGAAGAAAUGUUAGAGAUAGUAAGCAAUGGUGGUUCUUUGGAUUAAGAAAAAAAACAAAAAAAGAAAAAAGAAAAAGAUCAAUUUCAGAUGAUAUUAUCUUUUUUUUUUUGGUGAUUAAACAAUAAAGACAUUUUUUUUUUAUUCAGAGGAUAACAGACUCUGUAUCUACUGUAUAUUAUUUUAAAUGGUUUAUUUGAGAUAUUGUCAAUUUUUUUUUU